AUGAUUCGACGACAGGCCCGUGAGCGCCGCGACUAUCUCUAUCGCCGUGCAGUCCAACUGCGUGAUGCUAGCAUUGCAGAAAAACGGGCGCUGCUGAAAAAGUCCCUGGCCACUGGCAAGCCUCUCGACCCCUCCAUCGCCAACGACAAAUCUCUCCGCAAGGAUUUCAAGUAUGACGAGUCUCUUGAUCCAGAGACAGCGGCUGCCACAGAGUCUCUUGACGAUGAGUACUCGUUGCUUUCUGGUCUGGCCGAUCCUCGACCACUAGUCACCACUUCCCGCUGCCCUUCAACUCGGCUUGCGACGUUCUCUAAGGAAAUCCGCCUGCUCUUACCCACAUCGAUACGUUUGAACCGAGGAAACCUCAUCCUCCCGAACCUGCUGGCAAGUGCGAAAGCUGCUGCACUUACCGACAUCAUCCUUCUGCACGAACACAGAGGAACUCCCACCGCCAUGACCAUCUCUCAUUUACCACACGGUCCGACUGCUUCCUUCUCCCUCCACAACGUCGUGCUCCGAGCAGACAUCCCAGAUGCGUCAAGGGGCACAGUCUCUGAAUCAUACCCACAUCUUAUUUUCGAAGGCUUUACUACCCGUCUUGGGAAGCGCGUGGUUCAGAUCCUCAAGCACAUUUUCCCACCCCGAGACGGGCCGCACAAGGUCGGCAACCGAGUCGUCACCUUCAAGAAUGUUGAAGAUAGCAUCGAAGUCCGCCACCAUGUCUUCGUGCAGACUGGAUACAGAGAUGUUGAGCUUGCGGAGGUCGGACCUAGGAUGACCAUGAGAUGCUUUGAGAUCAGAGGAGGCACCCUGGAGAAGAACUCAGGCGGUGAGGUCGAAUGGGCUUUGACGCAGUAUACCAGGACCAGCCGGAAGAAGGACUACCUAUGA